AUGAAAGUGCCGCGCCAGUUGAAGCCGCGCGCCGCGAUGGACGUGUUUCAGAACCCCAAUGUGAUCACGCACAUCACCGCGUUCCAACGAGGACUGUACUACGACAUGCGGGACCUGGCUUGUCUGAAGGUCCCUUUCUUCGACUCGCACGACUUGGUCGAGACCUGGAAACCCGUUGAAGGUGCCCUUGCACCAUGGCUUACCCACCACAAGACAUCCAGAGUGAAGCUCUUGCUCUCUUGUCUACCCCAUCUCGAACACGUUGUUGCACUCCACGCAGCCAUCAGUGGCGACCUCCCGUUGCUGAAGUACCUGCACAAGGAGUUGAAUGUGCUCCUGGCAUGCCCGUACUUCCUCCUCGACUACGCGGCCUGGUCCGGCCAUCUCGAUGCGCUUGAGUACUUGCACACCAUUCGUCACCGAGGCCAGACUCCGCAUGCUCUACACGAGGCGGCUCGGCAUGGAUUCCUUCCCAUCGUGAAAUUCUUGGAAUGUUAUCACCGUGACAGCACCUCGGCCAUGAUUGCCGCCGCCGCCAAUGGUCACCUCAACAUUGUUGAUUUCCUCUUUAACCAUCGCCAGGAUUCAUUCGAAGACAAAGCGAUGGACGCAGCGGCUGCGGGUGGACACCUCCAUGUGGUUAUGUGGUUGUACUCUCGGGGCAGUCGGUCGUGGCGCGCGCUAUCUGCCGCUGCGAAUCACGGCCAUGCCCACGUCAUGCACUUCCUGCUGCAAACUCCCAUCAAGAACUGGGGCCCGGUAUCCAUGGACACUGCCGCGUCGAAGAACCGCGUGGAGGUGCUGCGGAACUUGCAGGCACACCCAGAAGUGGUCAGCCAGCACCACGCGAUCGAUGCCGCCGCCGUCCACGGUCAUCUUGAAGCCGUGGUGUUGUUGCACGAGAUACCUCUGGCCACAGCGUCCGUCAAGGCUAUCAACGUGGCGUCUGCCAAAGGAUACUUGUCCAUUGUCGAGUUUCUCCAUGCGAACAACACCGCCGGCUGCACGCUGGCCGCCAUGGACGACGCGGCGGCCAAUGGCCAUUUGGAAGUGGUCAAGUUUUUGCAUACCCAUCGCACGGAAGGCUGUUCCACUGACGCGAUGGACUUGGCGGCGACUCGAGGCCAUCUGGACGUUGUGACGUUUUUACACACACAUCGGCACGAAGGGUGUACGCACGACGCCAUGGACGGCGCGGCGAGUCGUGGCCAUUUGGAAAUCGUGCGUUUCCUGCACGAGAAUCGAACCGAGGGGUGUACCGAGGCCGCGAUGGACCGCGCGAGCCAAAACAACUUUGCCGACGUGGUCCAGUUCUUGGUGGCUUAUGGUCACGCGUCGUCGUCAUCACGUGCGAUCGACGCUGCGGUCGGCAAUGGCAACACGCAUUUGGUAGAGUUUCUCUUGACGCACGGACACCGCCCGUCGGUUGAUGCGUUGGAAAGCUGCGCAUGGAAACUGGACGCAUCCUCUUUCGAGUCCAUGUAUGCUUUGGUGGACAACCACUCAGCGCGAGUGGACGCAACCGUCGAUGUAGCAGUGUUUGCGGCUACUCGGGGAAAUUUGGCGUUGCUGCACACCGCGAUACGCCUUGGCGGCGUCACGGCCGUCCCGGACACGGCGCUUGUGGGCGCGGCAACGAAUGGACAUUUGGCCGUAGUGCAAUAUCUGGUGCCCAAAUCGAAUGGCCACCAGCCGUUGUCGGCCUUCGACGACGCGAGCACAAAUGGACAUUUGGAAGUGGUGAAAUACUUGCACCACGAGGGUUUCCCGUGCACGGUGCGAGCGAUGGAUGGUGCGGCAAUCAAUGGACAUUUGGACGUUGUGAAAUGGUUGAGCGAGCACCGCAAGGAAGGGUGUACGACCGAGGCCAUGGAUGGAGCCUGCCGCAAUGGCCAUCUGGAGGUCGUACAAUGGCUAUACUACGAACGGCAGAUCCACGUGUCGCCGCAUGCGUUGACCUGGGCAGCGGAUGCCGGUCGACAACACUUGGCCGAGUGGCUCGUGACCACCUGUGCGGUGGAAUGCGAUGUGUCAGAGGCACUUGUGUCGGCUGCUGCGUCUGGCCACCUGCCUCUAUUUGUGUACUUUGUGAAGUCGUGUUCGCAGUGGAACGUAUCCGAAGAUAUCUUGAUUGUGGCUGCCCGUCAUGGUCAUUUGGACAUGGUCAAGUGGAUUGUGAUGACCUCCGACCCGCCUGUGACCACCUUCAUGGCCGCGAAAGCAGCAUGUAACGAGCAACGGACUCUGGUCAUGGCGUACUUUAACAGCAUGGACACGAUGGACUCGAUGGGGGACGACGACGUCGAGUCGGGCAGCGACGACGACGAUGACGAAGACCUUGGCGAUGAAUGUGGCGAUGCCCUCUUGAUCGAACAAGUCAACGAUUUGGCGGACGACAGCAGCAGCUGCGGCGAUGCCGGCUCGGACUACGAAGACGACUAGAUUAUCAUGACGCUACACAUUUUCAUGAUGGUUGGUCCCGUCGCGAUGGACACGUUAGUAUUACGCGUGGUAUUUGUUAUACUACUACUGUAUGUACAUAUGGUUUUAUGAAUCUUCUAUAGGUAUGUACGUACAGAUACAUAAUGGCAAGUAACUUUUUUCGCAAAAUAUACUAUCAACUUUGG